AUGCCCACUGGCAUCACGUACCAGGACGAGAAAAUCCAGCGGACUGUGCUUCUCGGGGACUAUAUCCUGGUGAGCUGGUUGACCACCCGCUCUGGUGACAAGGUCCGGAAUGCGGAGGACCUCCCAGAGAGACGAGUCCGGGCCCACGCCGCCGCCGUUGCCGAGCUGGAACCCGAGUCAGAAUUGCUGCUGCGCUAUUCUUCUCUGACCAGACUGCUGCGGAUCACUGCAUGGUGCCGUCGCUGGUGGCUGAUCCACCGCCAGCUUUGUCACACUCAAAGCCAGUCUAACGUAAUCAGCGCCGACGACCUGACGGAAGCCCGCCUCUCCUGGGUGAGAUUGAUCCAGGCUGGAAAGUUUAAAGAAGAGAUUAGACGGUUGCGAAAUGGAACGCCGCUGCCGUCGCGAAGCGCCCUGCUAAAACUAAAUCCAUUUCUGGACAGCGAGGGACUUCUACGCGUCGGCGGGCGCCUCAGCAACGCUGACCUGCCGUAUGAUGCCACUCAUCCGCUAAUACUGCCCAGCGAGUCUACAUUCACUAACCUCGUCGUCGAUGACCACCACCAGCGGACUCUACACAGCGGGACGCAGCUGACCUUGUGCUCUUUACGUCAGGAAUAUUGGGUUCCUCGAGGUCGCUCGCUGGUAAAGAGACGCAUCAGCCGAUGUGUCAGGUGCAUAAGAUGGCGAGCCGCCAUCCCACAGCCUCUCAUGGGCGACCUCCCGGAGCCAAGGGUCAAACCAAGCAGGCCGUUUCUCCACACCGGCAUCGACUACGCCGGACCAGUUUGGAUGAGAACCUCUAAGGGUCGCGGACACAAGGCAACGAAAGGUUUCAUUGUCGUUUUUGUCUGUUUAGCCUCUAGAAUCGUUUACCUCGACGUAGCCUCGGAUUACUCCGCCGACGCCUUCAUCGCGGCCUUGUGCCGGCUGAUCUCCAGGCGUGGGGUCUGCAUCUCAUUGUACAGCGACUGCGGAACCAAUUUCGUGGGUGCUGACAGGCAGCUAGGCGCUCUCUUCUCCGCUGCCAGUGCCGACGGACGCCGCAUCGCCGCAUUCACCGCACAGGAGAAAAUCCGGUGGCAUUUUAAUCCACCGGCGGCACCGAACUUCGGCGGUUUGUGGGAAGCCGCGGUGAAGUCCAUGAAACACCAUCUGCGACGAGUAAUAGGUGAUGCCCAUCUCACCUAUGAGGAGAUGGCGACGCUGCUCUCACAGAUUGAGGCUUGCCUCAAUUCUCGACCGCUGCAGCCCCUGUCCGAUGAUCCUGAAGACGUAGCGGCUCUCACCCCGGGACACUUCCUAAUCGGUUCCGCUCUCUCCGCCGUACCGGAACCGUCGCUCGAGAGAAAACCUUCGGCCCGAUUAUCUUGCUGGCAGCUCCUGCAACAGAUGAGGGACCAUUUUUGGUCCCGGUGGUCCAGCGAGUACUUACAUACGCUGGCCCACUGGCCAAAAUGGUCCCGAGUCAAUCAGGAGGCUUGCAUCGGUCGGCUGUGUUUGCUUCGAAGCGAGAAUACUCCACCAACGAGGUGGCCGCUCGCGCGCAUCACGCGAUUGCACCCGGGAUCCGACGGCCACGUGCGCGUGGUCGAACUACGUACCGCAAAUACUAAUUUGACGCGACCCGUAAGCAA